AUGGCGGAGGAAAGUAAAAAAGUUCAACUAAAUGUCGAAGAAUCUGCUAUAAACCUAAGCACGUAAGUUCCUUGUAUUUUUGUUGUAAAUUGUGUUGGUUGAUUUUAUCGCGCUUAAAUAACACUUCAUUGUGUUUUAGACAUUCUUAAAUUUCUGUUUGUUUCAAAGGAGGUCAUCCUAUGUAAACAGAUUUUAUAGAAUUAUAACUAAAAAUGAUGCUUCUGUCGUUAAUUCUGUACUUGGAAAAUGUCAAUUUGUCGCUCUUCAGCUAUAAUCAGCUAUGAUGCAUAAAUUUGUGUAAUCGAUGAUUGCGCAAUGAAUAUCGUCCCUCGAGGAAGUAACGCAAUCGAUAUUUUGUGCUGCAGUUGAUUAAGUAGCUUUUGAAAGCUUCUAUUGUCACUUGAGUGGAUUUUGAUGGCUUUUUUCAAGAAGUUACUUGGUUUUUCACAACUAUAGUCAGUGCAAACAUCAUAAAACCCUGCAGGCGAACUAGGAAGGAUUAAUCUAUAGGAUGUAAUCUAGGUGAAAGUAAGGCACAAUUAUGACCUUAUCACUAAAUUUAGAAUUUCUGGAUAAAUUUGCGGACACCACAUACAUCGAAAUUAGCUUAUGAGGCCCAGAGAAUUUGUGAGCUCCUAUCAACUAACCAACCCAUCCAGAUAGAGAAUCUGUCUGGGUGGUUACAGACGAACAACUCAAGCACUAUAAAAAGAUCUUGGUAAAAGAUUCUUGCUGACACAAGUUUAUAAUCCUAAGACCCUCCCUCCCCCUAACCCCCUCCCCCCUCUCCCACGGUGAUGUCCUUAGAAUGUACAACCACUAAACCUCCUGGUCAGAUGAAGACUAGCAGUGUACAGUCAAAGUGUCAUGAUCUACCACAUAUCAAGUGAGCAGCUGGUUGAACAACAAACGACAGCACCUCAUUGUUAACUGUAUAUUUUCAAUGUAGUGAUUACUCAGAGAUUGAAGACAAAGAUGAGGUAUCACCUCUGAAUGAAUCCAGUCCACUGAUCCAUCCUGUAAAUAGCGAGGAACAUGAAAGAACAGGAACUGUGUUUUCAUCAAUAUUCACUCUUGUUUCAACCAUGGUUGGAGGGGGGAUUCUUUCAUUACCAUUUGCAUUUCAAGAAGGAGGUUUUAUCGUGACAUCUAUAAUCUUAUUCUGUGUUCUUAUGGCAUCCACUCAUGGGGCAUUUCUCGUCAUAAACAGUAAGAGAUACUGUCAAGGGAAAAUAACAAAUAUUGAAGAUGUUGCUAAUAUUGCUUUUGGAAAUAAGGGAAAGGUAUGUUUAAUUGUUUCAUCUUGAUUAUUCAAGAAUUGAGUUAUAGUGAAAGAUAAAAGCCUAAGUGAACAAACUAUUUGAUAAAAUUACAACUAACCAGAGUAAAAUUAACAUCAUAUGGAUUGAUGAUAUAAGUAAAGAUGGUGAAUUUUUAAGCCUGGCCCUGGUUGAUCAAAGAGUGGAUUAUGGUAUCCACUGGAUAAAUCUCUAUCCUGUGGAUAGCAUAGUAUGUUUUGUUGACACUUAUCAGCUGGAUCGCGAUUUAUCCAUUGGAUAGCAUUAUCCACCGUUUGAACCAGUAGGCUCUGAGGCCUAUUCCUCAAAAGUCUAGGUAACUCAACAGGCCCAAAACCAUAUUUUGAAAUAAAAAUUAAAACAGUAGAGAAGCAGCUUCUGGCACCCUAACCGAUCCAUUUUGUUUCUUUAAUUGAUAGUUUUUUUGUAUCAUUUUGAAACCUUUAAACCCCAAUCUGGAAUGAAAAUAAGAUCAGCUGUACAAGCCCAUUACGUUACUAAGACUUUGAGAAAUGGGUUCUGGUGUUUUAAGUGAAAGGAGAGUAAGUCAGUGAAUGACACAGGCACAGAAAAAAAACUCCUCGUGUUUCCAAUAGGAGUUGAACCUACAACCUUCCAAUUAGUACUUUGGAUGUUCUACCACGGAGUUAUUGGAAACUCAUGGCAGACACUGGGCUAUUUAACUAGGUCCAUGGUAACAAACUUGCUACAUACUGCUAGAAUAGGAAUGUUGAUUUGUGAUGCCCAUGCACAAUAAUUUGUGAAUGAAGAUCGUGAAUUUUGUCUUUUUUGAGCAUCCAAAGUACUUGUUAUCUGUAGUAGGUUUGACUCAAAUUCUUCCAUCACAUAAUGUAAAUGAAGAUGGUGAAUUUUUUUUGAACAUCCAAAGUACUAAUCAUCUGUCAUGGGUUGACUCCCAUUGGGAGCCCUUGGAGUUCUUGUUCUCCAACUCACAUCUUGAAUUGUAUGGCAGACAGUAAGGAAUCUGUCUGCCAUACAAUUCUUUUGAUGUCAAUUUGGAGAAUUUGGUAUUGGAUCAUCUAAUUAUCUACUAAUUUGUGUGGCAUUUUUCCACACGUGUUGGAGGGCACUUAGUCAGUGACAUGGCCUCUCACUUUUUCAGGCAUCGGAAAGAUUCUCCACAUUGUCUCGCUUUGUGUUCUACAGAUAACUGCCAUGUUUUAGAUCACGCCUCUACCGGCUUUCAGCUUAAGAUAAAAGAGGCUAUUCAUAUUCAAAGAGAACAACCAUCCUUGAAUCAGCAAUUACACCAUGUAAAUCUAAAACUAUCUUUUUAAUUCUCACCCUUUCAUGCUUUACCUCUUUUCUUGUUGUCACUAUUUAUCUUAAUUAGCAUUGUUCUACUUACUAUAAUUCAACUUUCAAUGCUUUGUACAGUAAUUAACUGAAGAUGACAGAAGUUUCUGUCGAAACAUGUUUGACAGACUCAAAAGUUUUGUUGCUUUCUUUAAAUUCAAAUUUAUUUAUUCUUAUCACUUUUCUGCUUGAUCAAGUUGUGUUAAAAAAUUUUUAGCCAACACUGGACUAUUUUCAACACUUUGUUCUGCUAAUCUCACCUUAGAUGCUACAUGCUACUUUCAGAGAGUCAUUCUCUAAUUUUACCCCUGAAACACACACUACAAAAACUGUGUGGUCUCUGAUAUACUAUUCAUGUAAGAAAUACUGUUCAGUUCUUCUCUUACAUAGUCACAUUGUAUGGAGAAAUUCUGUUUUGGUCACUCAUCAGAGUUACAGGGCUAAUUGAGUUCAUACUAGCUUCUAAUGACACUAUUUCUUAUAAUCAGAUGUAUGGUGAUGUCAGAUGUAAAUUGAUUGUUCUUUGUUUUCAGAUUCUUACUCAAAUGGUCAUUAUUGUAACACUGUUUUUAUGUUCAGUUGCAUACUGGAUUCUGAUCACAGACCAGGUUAGUGUUGCAGCAGUUUAAGUUUGUUUGUUAAUUCUGAAAAAAAAAUUACAGAUUUAUCAGUAGCAUGUCUUAUUGUUCGUCCUUGUUGUUGUUCAAGUACUCAGAGAGAAGAUAAUUUUAGACUAAAGAACCACACCUGUUAACCCUUUAACUCCUAAGAUCUCAAUAGUAAUUCUCCUUACUGUCUGCCAUACAGUUCUUGUAAUGUUAGUUUGGAGAAUUUGGUAUUGGAUCAACUUUUAAUUCCCUAACUGAUACUUUUCUUUAUUCUUAUCACUUGUCUGCUUGAAAUAAUUAUAUUGAUAUUGUUAGGAGAAAUUCUAUCUUGGUCACUCAUGGGAGUUAAGGGUUAAAUAUCUGAUAUGAAAAAAUUGAUGACAAUUUGUGAUUAAGUAAGCAAGUAAAUCUUUACUUCAGUAGUCAAGACUGUAUUCCCCCUUAUGGCCGAAGGGAACUGAACUACAAUAAUUCUAAUAACAGACAUUUAAAAUGCUAAAAUAUCAAGAUACUAAGGAUAUCAUAAAACUUAAGAUCACAUAGAACUAAGAAUUAUGUUAAUAAAAACUAGGAUAUUCUGUCAGUUUUAAAACUAUCAGGUGUGAAUUUACACAUAUGCAGUCAAAGUAGUUUCUUCUAAACUUCUUUAGAUCGGUGGAAUAAACAAAUUUGAGUGGUACAAAGAUUGAAAUUUUUGUGAAUCAAGUUAAAAAAAUUAUUAAUGGCAAGGAACCUUUUAAGGACUAGGUCUACAUUUUCUCUCUUUGGAAGAACAAAUAAAAAAUUAACAAAAUUUUUGAGCCUGUUUUUUAAUUAUGCAAUUAUUGAAGAGCCAAAGAUUUCUGGAGUAAGAGAAUAGGAGAGUAUCAAGUGAGUCUUUAAGCCAGGUCUGGACUUCAUCUACUUCUUAUUUAACAGAUAGCAUAAUGUGGUUAACUCUUUAACUCCUAGAGGUGAUUAACAUGUGACUUCUCCCUAUAAUAUUCAUACAUUAUCCAGUAAGAAGGUAAUAAGAAUAUCAAACUUAUCAGGUUAAAGUUGUUAUCUUGAUCUAGCACCAAAUUCUUGCAGCUAUUUUACAAGGAAAUGUAUAACAGCUAGAGGGGAGAAUUAACAAUCAGAUCCUUGGGAGUUAAAGGGUCAAGAACAAAAAAGUGGCACUUAAGGCACAGCUAAGUGUGUCGCUGGUGUUCUUACCACAAUUUGAAAUUUUAUUGCGAUUAUUCCAUGGCAACAUGGAAUAAUAAAGAAGCAAAUGUUCCUGGCCUUCAAUAGCUUGUGAGUAAGAACCAAUCAAAUGCGUCCUUGAUUCAGCUUCUUUUAUAAAAAAUUAUUCUAACUUAUUCCAUAGAUUGAACCAAUAAUUGUUCUGUUAUGUGGCCAUGGUUCCGUCUGGUCAAAAAAGAUUGUUAUAUUGACUAUACCAACAGUGGUCAUCUUUCCAAUCACUCUGCUAAAAAGUAUGAGUGCACUAAGGUUUACCUCAGUUUUAAGGUAAGGAAAAGAAAACUUUACAUUUCUCAGUUUUGAUAUUUUAUUUAAUUGGUUAACUAUUUCAUUGCUUACCAUGUCAAUAUCUAAAAGAUGAAGUGCAGAAUACAUCCUUUCUGUAGAGAUUAAAGUGUAUUUCCUCUGCUCUACUACCCCUGUUUUGCAACACUGUUUUGGAAGAAUUGAAUCCACCACUGUGGUCACUGUCAGUCAGGCAUUUAUACCAUGCUAGUGAAUCAAAAACUUGAAAUUGACCGAUGCAGUAGCUUAAGCGAUAAUGAUAUUUUCAGUUGCAGUUUGUUAUAUCAGUCAGCGAUAUCUUUUAAAUCUCCUCAGCGUCAUAUGUGUAGUUUUUCUUUCCGGAGUCGUGAUUUACAAGUCAAUCAUAAACGACGUUGGAGGGCCGGUCGAUAGUCUUAAAAACCCACUGAAAUUGUGGCCAGAUGACUUUGGCGGGCUUCUCACAGCUAUCUCCAUCGCUGGCCUCACUUUUUCAUGUCAUUUCAACAUCCUACCCAUGCAUGGAGAGCUGCGAUAUCAAACUCGUGCAAACAAGAGAAUUAUUUUGUAUACAGCCAUGGGGAUCACUUACACUCUCAACGUUCUUGUUAGUUUCUUUGGAUUUUGUCAGGUGAGCUAAAUUGUUCUGCAGUUAGAUUAACAAAUUGUGUUUUUAAGAUGAGGUUUGAAUGUGAAGAACCUCGGUCAAUUUUUCUAGCGCAAACGUUUCUUCACUGUUUGGUAGUUUUGCUUGCCUUAUUUCCCCUGAGUUCCUGCGCAUUUACCGAAUAAGAAUCUUUCAUGAUAUCUCUCACUUAGUACGUGCUCGGUAUGAUUGGUCAAUUUAGUGGGCCGUGUUUCGCUGUAAGGCCUGCUAAAUUCAAAAGUCUGUGUACCCCCCCCCCUUCCCUCUCUCCCUCUCUCUCUGUUUGAACUCAGAGAUAUGCUAAAUAUCUUACUAACCUCGCGUCCUUGGUUCGUUCUGCAAGUUACUGAAUCUCUCGUUUUCAGCUCAGAUUUACACCAAAAAAACUGUAUUAUAUUACUAGUGACUAAGUCGUGUUUGUAUCGGUCAGUUUUGCAUCUGAUUAGCUGAGAGGCCGCGGCGAGUUUUCUAUACCAGUGGCAGGAAAAAACGAAGCAAGCCCAAAGCUUUACUGGAAUACUUUUCAAUUCUUGAUUCAAAAUAGCUAUUGUAACAGCUGAACUUUUUGUUUGCAGUUCAGACAGUUUACUGACCAGGACAUCACAAGAAAUUAUCCGCAUGAUGAUUUCCUCGUCAAUGUAGGACGUGUGGCUUUAGCGCUAACACUUCUGCUGAGUUUUCCACUGCUUAUCUUCCCUUGCAGAAACGUUAUUAACCGGGUAUGAUAGAAAACAUGUUAUUUCCUUAAAGUUAAGUGGAUAAUGUCCGUCUUGCUGAGUUGGAACGAGUUAUGUCUAGACCACGGGCUCGCGGCCAUUGUUAGUUGCAUGCUAUUUUCAAGAUUUUAUUCUGUUGAAAGAAAAAUUUUCCCAAAAUAUUUUGUUUCUUUAUCGAAAGGAGAAGUAUGCUAACCAAACCGUAUGAUUUUUAUCUUCGCAAAACUUGUAUUAUUAUUAUUAUUAUCAUCAUCAUCAUUUCUCUUUUCGUUUCUCGUAACAGUUAAUUUGGCGGAUAGAGUCCAAAACUCUUUUCCAGUCCCAGCCGUCUAUGACGACUCGCUCAUGGGAGUACUUUAGCAACGCUACAGGUACAGGUCCUUCUCAGUUAAUGUGGCUGAUAGAGACUGGGCUCCUUGUCUUCAUUGGUUACAUUUUGGCGUAUUACAUUCCUCAAGUAAGUUGAAUCUCCUGAGUUUUCUUCCGUUGUAAUAAGUUGCUUAAGUUCUAUAAACUAAAUUCGUCCUUGAAUAAAGGGGGUAAGUUUCUAAAGAAACCGUGGUGCUGCGUCGGUGGGGAGUAUAAGAACGUAAUUUGGUUUUAUCAACUAAGAUGAUGAUGUAAGAGGCCACCAUAAAGAGUUUCUAAAGCUGAAACUAGAAACUUUUUGGGGCAGCCAAUUUACGUUGUUAACGCAGUUGAUAUAGCCAAAUUAUCUUCCAUUCGUCCUUGGUUAUACUUCUGAUGCUCGUUUACACUUAGUAGUUACUAAUUCGGAAAACGAGUAGCAUAAUUUAUAUAUAUAUAUAUAUAUAUAUAUAUAUAUAUCUGUGCGUAGCGGUUCUUUAAUAAACUCUUAACGACUGGUCCGAGCUUGCCCGAGUUGGAAAUCUACUUUUCCCGGAAAACCGGACGGGUUUUAAUUUUGUUUUCUAAGAGGGAGCCGAGCGGAACACUGAGACUCAAGAGAAAAAAGUAAUCUGUUUCCCGAUUGGCCAGUCAUCAAGGGACUUGUUACAAACUCAACGAAGACAUCAGAAGCUGCAAUGUAAAAACAAGUUGAAAAAUUAUUGAUAAAUCACAUAUAAGCCCAUAAGACGGUAAAUACCCCAAUGCUUAAGAUGUCACUCCACCUUUGAUCACAUCCUGUUCACGUGCAACGACAGCCGUCGGUCAACAUUCGCCGGUAAAAGGGCACUGUUGCCCUCUGACGUCAUUGAUUUUACUAAAUUGCCUGCUCAGACUUUUGACCGGAACCACUUUCAUUGUCAUGUGACUCCAGAAUGAACGAUGAGAACGUGCACUGGGGAAAUAGAAUUCCAGUCAUACAACAACAUCACCUACUGAGUGUACUUUAGAUCUAUGUGCCCCCUAGCAAUCAGUCCUUCUUUGGAUCCAUGACGUAAUCAUGCUUAUGUCGAAAUGAAACCAAAUAAGGUCAUUGUGCUAAGUGACUGAGUAUCAAGAUAUAAUUUUUUUCCUUGUCUUUGUUUUCAGGUUGCCAUGGUUUGGGGAUUUGUCGGUGCAAUUGGGACCACCAUUUUAAUCUACAUCCUUCCGCCAGCGUUUUACCUGCGCGUGCGCCUUCACCCACCUCGACCAGACCUUAAACAGAUAGCGGCGUGGGGCCUAAUGUUAACAGGAUUUGCUGUGCUUGUCGUAUGCACCUAUCAAUCAUUUGCAAACGUUAUCGAUCCUAUUCCAAAAUUGGUGCGGCCGCAUGACCUUAGCAACCAAACAACAUCUGGAUGAACAUCCGCGUGUUUUUGUCGCAAAAGACACCAGAAGUAUCCCUGCUUUAGUAUUGCGCGACAGCCUGAAAAUGUCACGUGAAGAACUACAACGACAAGCGACUGAGAGACUUCAUCUACAGCUCCAUGUUAAGUGGCUGAAGGAUACUUUUUGAUCGUAAGAGAACGUAGAAAUUAUGAACGAAAUUUUCCUUAUUCAGUCUUCAACUCCAUGAAUUAAUACUAUACGAUGGGAACAUGGUAACACACGCAUUGAAAAUUUAAUUUAAAGCAUUUUCAAUUGAGUGUCGAAAGUAAUCUGGAACAGCUUUGUGUUUGCUUUACUUCGCUCUGUGAUUGGUCCAGAAAACUCGCGACACUAGCUAAACCAAUCAGAUUCGAACUAAAACCAAUCACGACUUGGUCACCCGCGUUUCCCAGCGCUUUAGACAGUUUGGUGGUGUAUUUAUUUGGGUUCUCAUUGGCUCUAAAAGGUAUUUUACUUUCCUCUGAUUGGCUACUGUGAUUGCGUUGGUUUUGGUUUUAUGACACUCAAUCGAAUAGCUUUCUAUUUUAUUUAAAUAUUUAAAUUUAUCCAAAUUUUACAGCGAAAUCAAGUUUUUCUUUUUUGUAAGGUGACUUGAUACACUUGAUAGACUUUCAAUAUUUCAAUUUGACAUGAAGUAAGAACUGUUUACAAAAAUCAUCCAGAAAUUAUUUGGUUGCGUUACGAUAAAAUUUAUCAAGGCUCUGUAGUAUUCCCCCCCUCCCUCUUUGGCAGUCAGUUUUCUAAUGACCCCCCUCCCUUUACGC